UCAUUUGUUUUUCUUACACCAUGACUUAAAAUGAAUAAUAUUUGUUAUGGUAUUUUGAAAACGAAACAUUACAUUGCAAAAUGGAAAAAAACUUUCUAAUUUCUCUUGACAUAUCGAAUUGGCAUUUGUUAUCUAGUCCCAUCAUUUUGAGGCACUCUUAUAAUAAUUGUAUUAUUGGAUAUAAUUACAGAUAAUACCUGAUUGAUACGAAUUUCUCAUUAUUGUAUUAGUAGUUUAUUUUCGUAUUAUUUAAGUAUAAAAAACAUAUUUAAAUAUGUUAAAACUGAUACGUGUUUAUGUCGCAUAUUAAAGCUACAUAGUACAUAUCACCUGUUGACCUUGUUUCUUAACUCUUUCGAUAUCAAUUAACGUUUAUUAACAGAGGUUUACUAUAAUUUAUACUAUAGAUAUCUUGACUAGAAGUCCUGGAAGUAAAAGUGAUUGACAAAUUGAUCUAAUACAAUGCAAAAGCAAAAGAGCUUAACGAGAGUCAAUUAACAUUAUUAAGUAAUAAAUUGAUUGCUUUUAUUGAGAAGAUUCUAUGAUAGACAUGUUCUAUUUUAGAAGCAUAUCACAGUUAAGAAAUGCAUCUCCGCUGCUUUAAGUUACGGUCCAUAUUUCUGGUUGGAUUUGGAAUUGGUUUUCUUUUUGCAUUGUUUUUACUCGUAGUUCAAGAUGCAUUUGACAGUACUUUCGUUUGCAAGACCUCUUCAAUAAAUCCUAACAAUGCAAGAAGGAGUGCACUUCUUAAAUGGCUUACUUCUAAUGUAUGGAACAAUGAAGAGAUUGUUCUUCAAACAUGGAAAGAGAAAUCUGCAGAUAUAACAUACAGCAAAUGGUUAAGAGAUCAAAAUUUAAAAAUAAAAAAUAUUAAUAUGGAUGCCUAUCUGUAUGGACCUGAGAAGAAUGAACAAUUAGAAUCCGAUUGGUUAAAAUCUACAGUUCACAUUACUUGUGCUGUCUUUGUGAAAAAAGUUAAGUUGGCAGAGUCUAUUCAGAAUACCUGGGGUAAACGCUGUAACAAAAUAUAUUUCUUUGGUCAGCAGAAGAAUUCAGCAGAAGUACCUAUCAUAAAUUUUGAAAUCAAACUUUUAUCUUCAUGGCAGCAUUUGUGCGAAGCUUUUAACUAUAUUUGGAAAGAUAAUGAAUCUUUGGAGUGGCUUAUCUUUGUAAAAGAUGACACAAUGGUGAUUCCAGAGAAUCUACGCUACAUGCUUUCCGUGUUGAAUCAUACACAGGAUCACUAUUUAGGUCACGCAAUUGUGCUCUGGGGGCAGCCUUAUAAUGUUGCGGAUGCAGGAUAUGUUAUCAGUAUUGGAGUUCUCAGAAAACUGAUUAAAAUGUUUGACAAUUCUGAAAAGUGUGCAUCUGGUGGCAAAUAUUGGAAGCAGGAAGAUUAUUAUCUUGCUAAACACUUGGCUUCUAUGGGAAUUUAUCCUUCCGAUACAAGAGAUCAGUAUUUAAGGGGUACGUUUCAUGGGUAUUCUUUACAAUCCUUGUUAUGGGGAGUUGUUAAAACUGGUAGCUACUGGACUCGUGCCUUAUAUCCAAUACAAAAUGAGUGUUGUUCCCUGAUGUCUGUAACUUUUAGCAUUGGAGAAUCUGAUACAAUGUAUACUUUAGAUUAUUUACUACAUCAUUUACAUGUUCUGAAACGUGAAGGUGUGUUUGGAAGUAUAAAAGCACCAACAAUAGUACCUGAUGAAGAUGUAUGGAAAAUUGCAUUGAAGGAAGAAUUUAAUAUUACACAUUUGAAUAAUAUUUCUAGCGAUGCUUAUUAUGAAAUAUGGCAUUCAAAAUAUUCUGAACCAGGACAAUUAAUUGCCAAGAAUCAUCAGAAUAAAAGAAUAAUAGAUAAAUCCAACUAACUUUUUUAUAUAUUGUAAAUACAUAGAAUUUAUAUAACGAUGGUGCUACCGAAUCAACAAGUUCUGUGAAGUUAUUUGAGAUUAAUUAAUAAGGUUACAUAUCCCGUCCAUGAAAUUAAUAUGGUGGUUGAAUAUUUGAUAUUUCCCAUUUUUUAACACGAUACUUGUUGUAGUAACGUUACCUAUAAAUACAGUUUAACGAUUGUUGUAAUUACUGUUCAAACAUUAUUUGUGUAUGUUCAGUAAGUCCUUAUGUAACAACUGCGUUUGUAGUAUUAAUAAGUUUCAUUGAUAUGAAUGUGAGAACAGCGGAAUGGUGCUGUUUGAUGUUGAUAACUACUUCCCCUGUUACACCAUUGUUACCUUAUCUAACUAAUUAAGAACAUAUAAACGCUCAUAAUGACGAUGAUAACCAAAUCACAUUUCCAGUCUCGAAUAUAAGUGAAGAAUAUAGAAUGUAGAACAUCUCUUUGUAACGCUAGUUGAGGAUCUCUCGUCUGAUAAUAGGGAUGCUCGGAUACAGUGUUCAAUAGCAUUAUCCUUUGCUGUAAAUUAAGAUUACAGUACCUGAUAAUAUACUAUAAAUAGAUAUCCAUAUAAUUGCGUUUUUCAUAAUUUAUACUAAAUUAAAAAAAUUCUAUGUAACAUAUUUAAAUCUGUGACAAUAAAGAAACAGUUUUCUAGUA